AUGGAGAACCCUUUGUAUAACCAAUUAGAUGUGCCUCUUUCACUUAGUGCAUCUGUUCCUGAUGGUGUAAUCUCUGACGACUGUCCCACACCUGGUGUUGAAUGUUCCCCUGUAGAGGUGGAGAUCCGAGAUAUGAAUGAUUGUCAAAGAUCACAUAGACAACGGGUAACACUAGGAGAAAGGCAAACCUUACUUGCCCGUCGUAAUGCAGCCUUAGCAGCUAGACGAUGCACGGGAGCUUAUGUUGCAUCCGAAGAAAAUCCUACAACAGAAACACAGGACACCAGCUGUGUGGACCCUCCAACACAAUCAGGCGUUGCAAACAAUGGUGAUGAUGAAGCCAUAUUCGAAGAGGACACGAACAAGGAGGACUACAUGUUCACUGGUCAAGAUGGGGACAAUGAUGAUGUCGAAUUUGAUGAAGCUGACUAUUCCACUGUCACGGCCUCGAGCGUCUCCGAUCCGUAUGACCACGUGUAUAGCAACAUACCCCAAAGCACGCACGUGCUUAAGCCCCAACCGAACUGUGAAUUCUGUGACGCGAAGAAGUUCGAGUGUGAGCCUAAGGGGUUCUGUUGCCGUGACGGAAAGAUUAGUCUGUCCAAUCCAGAUACGCCACCCGAACUUAUGAGGCUAUGGUCAAGCGCGGAUUUGGACGCCAAGCAUUUUCGGGACAGUAUUAGGUUCUUCAAUGGUCAUUUCUCAUUCACUUCUCUUUACUGUCGCCUUGACAGCGAGACCACUAACAUGGCAACUAGUGGUAUCUACACGUUUCGAGCCCACGGCCAAAUGUACCACAACAUACAUUCAUUUGGAGGUAAUGGCUUGGACCCCCAGCAUCUAGAGAUGUACUUCUAUGAUGAUGACCCAAGUCUAGAGCACCGGUAUCGGCGAUGUCGCGAGAAGCAAUACCGGCAAGACCAAGAAGUCAUCGCGAGGCUGGUUGGCAUACUUCGUGACAACCCAUACUCUCAGCAUUUCAGGAGUAUGGGACAGGUCGAAGACCUUGAGGAUUACCGUGUGACACUAAAUCUUGAUAAUAGGCUUGACCAGAGGAUGUACAAUGUACCACUCACUUCAGAGGUGGCAGUCGUGUGGGUCGAGGGCAGCGAGCAACGGAAAAACUUCGACUGUAGCGUUAUCCUGCAUGGGAACAACAAUGAGACGUAUGGCGUCCGACCGUAUCAUGCGUGUUAUGACCCCCUGUUAUACCCUCUCUUCUUCCCGAGAGGCGAAAUUGGCUGGCAUCCCGAUAUCCCAAAGGUUGGUGUAUCUAUGGAUGCGGCUCGGGCGGCUCGUGGUAACAAUAAUGAGGACCCAGAUUCAAAUAGCAGGUUGUGCGUCUCUGUGAGGGACUACUAUUGCUACAAAUUCCAGAUGAGGCUAGGGAUAUUCAACCCAAUACUGUUCGGCAAACGUCUUUUUCAGCAGUUCGCUGUCGAUACUUACAUCAAGAUCGAGAGUUCGCGGCUAGACUACAUAUGGAAUCAUCAGAAGGAGAUAAGGGCGGAUCUCUAUCAAGGCUUGGUGGAUAGCUUUAAUGCUGGAGAGAGCAGAGCGAACGCGGUCGACAAACGGACCGUGCUGGCUACAUCGUUUAUCGGAGGACCUCGAGAUAUGAGGCGUCGAUGCAUGGAUGCUAUGGCAUUGGUGCGGAAGUACGGGAAGCCGGACGUCUUCCUCACGAUGACCUGCAACCCUAACUGGGAAGAGAUCACACGUGGGCUCGAGCAUGGCCAAAUAACCCAGGAUUGCCCGGAUCUCGUCGUGCGUGUUUUCAGGGCGAAGCUCGAGGAACUAAAGAAACAGUUGUUUGAGAAGUACAUGCUCGGCAAGGUCCAGGCCUAUGUCUAUGUUGUGGAGUUCCAGAAGAGGGGAUUGCCGCACGCCCACUUCCUGCUGAUCAUGCAGGGCAAGUACAAGCUCGUGUGUCCGGAGCAGUAUAAUUGUAUCAUCUCUGCCGAGCUCCCGGAUAAGCACAAGUACCUAGAGCUAUACAAGAUGGUCGUCAAGCACAUGAUGCAUGGCCCUUGUGGUGUGUUGAACUCCCAGUGCCCGUGUACAAAGGAUCAUGGGUCAUGCAAGAACCAUUAUCCGCGUCCUUUCAAUGUGGCUACCAUGCAAGGCAAGGAUUCCUACCCGGUGUACAGGAGACGCGAUGACGGUCGCCAUGCAAUGGUUCGAAAAUUCCAGCUAGACAAUAGGUGGGUCGUCCCUUACAAUCCUUACCUCUUGCGGCUGUUCAAUAGCCACAUCAAUGUUGAGGUCUACUCGAGCAUAAAGGUUGUCAAGUACCUUUUCAAGUACAUAUACAAGGGCCACGACCUGGCGUCCGUAUCUGUGAACAAGGCCGACAACAAUGACAUCGACGAGAUUAAGCAGUACAGGGAGGCGAGGUGGGUUACCCCACCGGAAGCCUUGUGGAGGAUAUACGGCUUUGACCUGAGCAAGAACUCUCCACCUGUGAUGCAACUACAACUUCAUCUCCCAAACAUGCACAUGGUUUCGUACCGAGGGGGCCAGGACAUACAGGAGGUGCUCGACCGUGAUGAUGCCAAGAAGUCAAUGCUGACAGAGUACUUCAAGGCAAACAGAGUACACGAGCAAGCAAGAGGCAUCCUCUACCGUGACUUCCCCGAGUGGUUUACUUGGCAAACAGGGAAAAAUAGAAAGUUUUGGCAAACGAGGAAACGUGGCGGACAAGUCGGUAGAAUUGUGACGGCCCAUCCGACCGAGGGGGAACGCUACUACCUCCGGGUUCUACUGAACCACGUGACAAGCGCCACAUCCUAUGAGGACUUGAGGACAGUUGAUGGCGAGAUACUACCGUCCUUCCGUGAUGCCGCGGAGAGAAGGGGACUGAUUGAGGCAGACAAUACGCUGGACGAGUGCCUCAUGGAGGCCGAACACCUUGAGGCAAUGUCGGAUGACUACCGCCACACCGAUCAAUGCACACACACGGUCGAGCAGAAGGUUUUGAUAGAUGUUAGGAACAUGCUGCAGUCGAUGGGGAAGGAUAUAAGAUCGUUCCCUCUUCCUGAUAUCGAUGAGGCACUUGACAUGGCAAACGGUGUGCCGAGGGAGAUAUUUGAGGAGUCUAUGAUCAGUGUGGACCAUGAGCACAUAGCCUUAUCUGACUCCCUCAACGUCGAGCAGAGGGUCACCUAUGACGAGAUUCUAGCCGCGGUUGAUAGCGGCGAAGGAGGCAUGUUCUUCGUUGAUGGCCCUGGAGGCACAUGGAAAACUUUUCUUUACAAGGCACUGCUUGCGAUGGUCCGCGGCCAGGGGAAGAUUGCCGUGGCGACAGCUACGUCUGGUGUUGCUGCUUCUAUAAUGCCCUGA